GGGAGUUCGCCAAGUUUUUUUCUAUUUCAGUCACUCCAACACCGCCUGAUAUCUUGUCCCAAUCUUUUCUUCACCUCCCGGUCCUCUCCCAUCCCACCCACCACCACCACGACCACCACCAUGUAUCCGCCCAAACCAGAGCCCACUUAUCCUCCGACGAUGGCGCUGCCGCCGACAACAGGCAUCCCUGUAAGCUCCGCCAACCAAUACUUCGCCCCGACCGGCCCUGCCGCCUUCCAAGUCCAUUCUCAGGAACCCGUUCCAUGGUCCACCGGACUCUGCGACUGCUUCGACGACUGCGGCAACUGCUGCCUUACUUGUUGCUGCCCAUGCAUCACUUUUGGCCAGAUCGCGGAGAUUGCCGAUAAAGGAUCCACCUCGUGUGGUGUGAGUGGAGCGCUGUAUGCGUUAGUAAUGUGGGUGACGGGGUGCCCUUGCUUGUACUCGUGCUUCUAUCGAUCCAAGCUGAGAGCGCAGUACUCGCUGCAGGAGAGCCCUUGCAACGACUGCCUCGUUCACUGCUUCUGCGAGUCGUGCGCCCUCUGCCAGGAGUACCGUGAGCUCAAGCGCCGUGGCUUUAACAUGGCCAUUGGGUGGCGCGCGAACGUGGAGAGGCAGGGGCAGGGGCAGGGGCAGGGGGCGACCUUACCGCCAGGGAUUCAAGGGGGAAUGAGCCGUUGAUGGUUCCGAAUUUAUCGGAUGUCUCUCAAGAGCUAGAGGUUAAUCGAGGAGGCACAUACUUUAUUGCCUUCUAAAUCUUAGUGUAUAAUGGGUUGCUGCAUUCGAUUAUGAAUAAGCUAGAGGCCUGGGUGCUCCUGGUGUUCCGUUGUUGAUGUUAGUAGCUAGAAAUUGCAGAAGUUCAUCUGCUAUUUCCAGGAAAUUUUGGAUUCAGAAUAAAUCUGGAUCCAUAAGUUCCAUAUGUAUUAGCUCAGUCUUAGCUUUCAUGAAUCCAGCUCUGCGUUUUUUAAUCUA